AGUUUGCGGGCUUUUGUUGAUGAAGUUGGUGUGUCACGCUGUCUGACCAUUUUCUCUUGUUCAUCCCAAUUUAUCAGCCCUCCCGGUCACAAAAGUCCCCCGUGGGGUGCGCAUUGUGUCCGCGUCUCCACCCGGAAGUGUUUGUGAAAGGUGUUUUGGGGGUGCAAGUGCCCAAAGGGUGAGGAAAAGUGAUUUCAGGAAGUGAGGAGAAGCUUGUGCAAUGUGCCAGUUGUCAAAAUAGCGACAUCUUGAUCGGCUGGACGUCAGGAGAGGAAAAAAGUGUGCAAAUAGGAGGAAGUGCUUAAUUUAGAGAACUAACAGAAAAAAAUUGUGAUUGUGAAGAAGAAAAUUUGCGUGAAUUUACUUAAAAAGUUGGUGAAAUUUUGUAAAAGAUUUAUUGUAUGAUUCCUGAUUUGUGGUGUGGAUUAAAUGCGAGGAAGUGCUUUGGAAGCUGAUGCUGGUGAUAGAAUCAUGGAGACGUCGAAGAAGCAGUUGAGCGAUGGGGUGGAUGUGGAUGGAGGUGAUGAGAAGACAAAUGGGAAGAUUUUGCCAGGGACCAAUGGGUCAGUGGCUAAGCAUGGUGUGACCAGCAAUAUUUUCAUGGAAUCCCAGAAGUUUGAGGAGCAAAUUGAGGCAUACAUGAAUACCCUGGAGGAGGAUGAUAUUCUCUUCAAGUCCGAUGACGAUGAGGAUGGGAUUCGGGAUAUUGGAGAGGAGAUAUCUCUGGGAUUGCGAAAGAAAGUACGAUUGCCGCGAAAUAAGCGUACACAGCGGGUGGAGACUGUAACGUCGUCAUCGUCAUCCGAUGCCUCCGAUGAUGAGGAAAUUGUAGGGGUGGCGAAUACAAAGAGCCCCAUGAGAACAGUGGAAGCCCUCAAUCAAUUGACUUAUCCCAUUCCACAAAUUCCACGUCCCUUCAUCUUCAGCAUCGAACGAAGACGUUUGUCACAGUGCAAGGAGGAAGAGGAGGAGGACAAUCCGGAUAAGACACAAAGUGUCUCCCCAACAGUCGUAACCAUUCCACCACCUACGACAUCCACGUCAAGUCCACCGGCUGCUGCACCCGAAGGGACCAUCGUGAAUCGCUUUAUUGUGACCAAAGCCGAAGAACAGCAGGAUAUUGUGCCAAAGGAGGAGGUUGAGAAGAAGGAUCCACCGAAGGAGGAGAACUCCAAGAGCCCCAUCCCACGACCAGAAGCUGAAAAUUUGCGCAACUACACGCGACAACAUAAUUCCCAGACAAUUCACUUUCCAUGCUCAUCGCCAACGGUGAAGCCCAAUUUACAGUCAAUUUUCUCCCCGAUAAAUCCGCAUUUGGAUAGAAAAUUCUUCGAUACGAGCCUCAUUGAGAUACGACCAAUCACCGAGAGUACAAAGUCCCUCAACCGAGAGGAUAACAUCGAUUCACCGCAUGAGAUUUGGGUUCGGCGCACCGAUGAGCCAAAGCGUCCGUCAAAAUCUGAGUCAUCGGUUGAUGGCAAUUCCGGGUCAACGUUGCGACCACACAGUGCUCCGUCGAGUGUCACAAAACCCAAGAAAUCUGCUAAGCAGAUUGAAAAGGAGGCCAGGAAACAUGAAAAGGAGCUCAAACGGUCAGAACGUGAAGCACGGAAAUCAGCUCAGGAGGCUGCGAGGAAGCUAGAAAAGGAGGCGGCAAAAUUGGAAAAAUUAAAUAGGGAUGCAGCAAAAAUUUCCAGAAGUACAGAACGUGUUGGAGGACCAAGAUCUGGAUCUCUAGAGCGACGACGAAGUGGCGAUGAGUCUCCAGUGAUAAAUCAAUCCACAGUUCAUGGAAUUGCGAGUCCAAGUCGACGACCCACAAUCUUUGAUGUUUUCCGUCCGCGAACCAAAUCUGACGCAAAGAGGAAAGACAAGGAUGCUGCAAAGUCAAGUGGAUCAUCGGAUAGGGAUAGUCUCAGUACCAGUAGCAACCACAGUGGUCCAAGUAGCAUAAUGCAGAGCAUGAGGACAGCCAUUCAGCACACUGUGGGUCAUAAAAAUACCUCCGGGGCAUCCAAAUACAAGGAUGGAUCGGCUCAUCCGCAUCCAGGCAGCGAUGCUCAGUACUAUCACACUGUUACAGCUGUACGCCGAGCGGAUGCUUCAAAGUCGGCAAUGACCAAAGUAAUGGACCUAUUUAGGCAUCGAUCAAAUUCGGCUGUGUCGGAGGCGGAUAAAAGGAAAGCGAGAGUUGCUGCUCAUCAACAACAAUUAGCGGCUCAGAGUGCUCAUAUGCGAAGAGCCUCGGCUGAAUUAGAAAAUAGAAGGAGAGCAUCUCUAGGAACUAGUCGUGGAUUGCGUGCUGAUGGAACUCUCGAUCCCUAUCAUGCUGCAAUUCUCUUUCGGGAUUCAAGAGGCCUACCGGUGGCAGAUCCAUUUCUGGAGAAAGUCAAUCUUUCUGAUUUAGAAGAAGAUGAGUCACAGAUUUUUGUGAAAUUCUUCCGAUUCCACAAAUGCUACGAUCUGAUACCAACAUCAGCCAAAUUGGUUGUCUUCGAUACUCAAUUGCUUGUGAAGAAGGCUUUCUAUGCUUUAGUUUACAAUGGAGUUCGAGCUGCACCUCUUUGGGAUUCGGAGAAACAACAAUUUGUGGGAAUGCUCACGAUAACAGACUUUAUAAAAAUCCUCCAAAUGUACUACACAUCUGCAAAUUGCUCGAUGGAUCAAUUGGAGGAACAUAAAUUAGAUACAUGGCGAGAUGUUCUCAAGAACCAAGUGAUUCCCUUAGUCAGCAUCGGUCCGGAUGCCUCACUUUUUGACGCUAUUAAGACACUCAUUCACAAUAGAAUUCAUCGGUUACCAGUGAUUGAUCCGCUAACAGGAAAUGUUCUCUACAUUUUAACUCACAAACGUAUUUUGAGGUUCCUCUUCCUUUAUAUUAAUGAAUUACCAAAACCAUCGUAUAUGCAAAAGACACUGCGUGACCUGAGAAUUGGAUCCUAUGACAACAUUGAGACCGCAACGGAAGACACGAGCAUCUUGACGGCUCUGCACAAAUUUGUAGAGAGGAGAGUGUCUGCCCUUCCUCUGGUAGAUGUUGAGGGUCGUCUAGUCGAUAUUUAUGCAAAGUUCGAUGUUAUUAAUUUAGCAGCGGAGAAAACGUACAAUGACUUGGAUGUGUCACUGAAGAAGGCAAAUGAGCAUAGGAAUGCAUGGUUUGAGGGUGUUCAGAAAUGUCAUCUUGAUGAGACACUGUACACGAUAAUGGAGCGAAUUGUACGAGCAGAAGUCCAUCGUCUAGUCGUUGUCGAUGAAAAUGACAAAGUCAUCGGCAUCAUCUCCCUAUCGGACCUUCUGCUAUACCUGGUGCUGCGUCCAUGUGGUGAAGGGAUCGGGGGUACGGAGCAAUCUGUGCGAGCAUCAAAUUUAGCACGUGAGGUUUCAACGGGAAGUAGUCGGGGGGAUUCCAAUAGUGCCUCGGGGUCACGGAGUAUUGACAAUAUUGCCGAAGAGGAGGAGAUUGUGGUGAAUGUGGAGGGUACAGAGACAGUUGCGGAGGCCACAGAGGCACAAGAGGAGGACAAUGAGCCCGAUAGAGUGUCUGUGGAGUCAGCGGAGGAGCCACAGUUAGCUACUGAGGAGGAAUCGCAGCACAUUGAAACGAAUGAUUGUGUCAAAGUGCGCGAUGAUUCCCCAACGAGGAGUCUCAAUGAUGAAGCCCCAGCUGGACAGAGUUUAAUCAACACAACCAAUAUCCCGCGAGAAGUCGCCAUGGUGAGUGAAUAAAUUCACAAAGACUUCCUUCAUUUUUCCUUAUAUGAUCCACAAAUGAUCAAGGGGUGUGCUUAAUCUUCCAACUUGCCGGAUGAGAUAAAAUGAAAAAAAUAAAUAAAUAAAUAAGAAGAAAAACAGGAAGAACUUGUGGGAUGGGGGACACAGAACGACGACACUGGCCUAUUGAGAGAAUCAGAAAGACAGAAAACGUAAAAAAAAAAGAUUUUGCUGUAGUUUUUGAGUUUGUUUUAUGAAUGAAAAACUAUCAAAAAAAAAAGUUUUUUCAAUCCUCUUGACAAACUUCCAACAAAUUGAAGGGAUGAUGAUAAAUUUUUGAGAGAUUUUUAAUCUGUAAAAAAAAAGUCAAUUUGUGUUUAAAAAAUAUAAAGAAAAAAUAAUAAUAAUAAAGGCCGCAUUUUUAGUGCCUUAGUCGCUUGUCGUCGUCACAAUUUCUUUUUCUUAAAAAAAAAAAACACAUUUUUUAAUCCCUAAAAUCCCCUUGAAAUGUCCUGGGAGAUGGAUAAACUCACCAGGAACAGGUAAUACAACGAUAUUCCAGCUUAAAGUGGAAGAAAUAAAACAAAACAAUAACCAAAAUAAUUUAAAAAUUAUUAUUAUUUUUCCUGUUGUUUCCAUCUCGAGAAGAAGGACGAUUAUAUAUCGUUUUAGCAAACAAACAAACAAAAAGAAGAAAAAUAAGGAUAAAAAGUGAAAAAAAAAUCCAAUAAAUAGGAUGUGAUAUAUAUUUGAUGAUAAAAACAAGAGAUAAAUGUGAAUGAAGAUUAGAAUAACUCAUUGUCCUUUUCUUGUAUAUUUUACACAUAAACACACAACUUAAUAUAUAUAAUUAACUAGGAAAAAAAAACAAAAAAGGAUGCAAAGAAAAGAAUUUAUUAUUAAUAGCAAAACAUAAUGAGUAGGAUGGAAAAAAUAUCCCACAUUUUGGCAACUUUUUUUCAUUUUUAUCCACACAUAAAUACUAAAAAAUAAAACAAAAUUAUUAAUAGAAAAAAAUAUUUCUGAAGAAUCAUCAAGGAAAUUAAUCAAAACCGUGUACAUUAAUUCUUUAAACCCAAAAUGAUUAACAUUCUGAUGAUUCUUUUAGCUUUUCAACCCCAACAAAAAAAUGAGAAUUUUCUAAAAUUACUAAAAAAAAAAAAAGUUUCAAGAAAACCAACUUUUUGUACGCAAAGCAAAAGUUCUAGAGACAGAAAAAUUAAAUUUAAAAAAAAAUCUGCAGCAAACUACGAAAAGCUUCCAGAAAAAGCGCCGUAAAUUGUUUAAUAGAAGAAGAAAAAAUAAAAAUUUACCAAUUACACUGUUAUUGUGCCAUAUUGAAUCACGCAGCACAGAUAAUAACAAGGAAAAACAUCCCUAAAUGAAAAAAACAAACGAUAUUCAACAGCAAAGCAAUGCUUCUUGUUAAAUAAAGCUAAACCUUAAUAAAGAAAAAGAUUGUUGACAAUUUUUUUAAAUAGAAAAAACAGAAAACUAGUGAAAAAACUUGAAUAGAAAAAUAAAAAUGCUUUAAAGUACAAAAGAACCCAUAAAAAGAAUAUAAGAAAUAAAAAAAAAUGGCAAGAAAAUAUUUUUGUAGAUAGACAUGAGAUAAAAAUUUGGCGCUAAAAAGUACUUGUGGUUUUUUUUUGUUUAUUAAUUUUCUUCUAAUUUUAUUCAUAACAGAAAAAAGGAAGAAUCCCUUAAAGUUUUUUCGUGUCUGUCUUAAGUGAAAUUUGUGUACUUCAGAACCAUUAAUUAGUUUUUUUUUAUGUAAUUUCUUUUCUCAUUUUUUUUCGAUAAUUAUUCUUUUUUUAAUCAAAAGAAAAACAAUUAAGUGUAGGAUAGCAAGAGAAAAAAAUAUUUAACAAACUUACAGAUUUAUCUAAUAUUUAAAUUGAUGAAAAAAAGCUUAGGACACAUAAAAGAAAAUAUUUAAAUUAAUGAUCUUAAAUAAGGUUUAAAAGAAGAUCAUAUUGAAGUGUAUUUAAAGGACGAGAAGAAAUAUCCAAUAGUGCGAAAAGAGACUAAAAGAAGGCGAAGAGAAGUAAAAGGACACUAAGUACUUUCAUUAUUUUACAAUUUACUAUCAUAAAAUAAAUUUGAGUAAGUUUAGGAAUGCAAAUUUAUCUUUUAUUCAGUGCGAGAUCGCUUCUAAAGUCACUCCCACACUUGAAUUUCUCUUGAACAUUGAAUUAUUCUCAUUUUUUCGUUUAAAAUCUCUUUUGAGCUUUUUACGAGAUUUUUAAUGGAAGGGGAAAAAAAAGGAUGAAGAUUUAUUUAUUUUAGAUAAUAAAUUUUCUGAUUUUAUCCAGAAAGGAGGUUAUUUCUUUUGAGGCUUUUGGAUUUCUUUGAAAGAUAAAAUUCAGACAAAGAGCUUUUGCAUAUCUGGAUGAAUGUUUGCUGAAUUUUCUCAAUUUGAGAGAAAAGCUUUAAAAACUUUUUUUUUAAUAAGAAAAGAUCAUGAAGAAUAUUCUCUUUCCGUUUGAUUUGUAUCUUUCAAUGCUGUCUUAAAAGUCCAAAAAAAUGACUAAAUUCCUUUCAAUUAAUUGAAAAAUAAAGAGAGAAUAGUUCAUGAUUGAGAGAAAUAUGAUCACCAGCGAUUGCAAAAAAUUAAAAUAUUUGUAAAAAACGGCUAAAAAAAUUGUACAGACCAACUGUGAGAUAGAAAAAAAUAGAAAUAAUUUCAAAUGGGGACAAAAACAAAGGAAAAAAAAACACAAAAAUAAUCCUAAGAGAGAUCGCAAAAAGUUUCUAAUAAAGCGAUUUAAAAGGAUGGAGCGUGGGAAAGGCGUGGCAGAAACAAUAUGGUGAAAAAAAUAUUGCUGCAAUUAAAAAUUGAUAAAAACAAGA